AUUGCUCAUUGAUCUGGUUUUUGGAACUUUGAACAUCAAAAAAUCAUCUUCUGAGUCAAGAGAGGAACUUUAUCCUAUCGGAGGUUGUGUGGGUUCAGCUUCUCCACCCAGGGAAGAAGAGCCUGCAUUAAUCCAACCUGUACACAGUUGGGAAGAGGCAAGACUCUCGGCUGUCUCCAGCCCAACAAGUGAAACUGGAAAACCAACCGAACAUCAUGUCGAUGGAUAAAAAGCGAAAAAUGAAAUGUUGUUGUUUCGCACCAGUGAUUAUGUUCAUCAGAAAUAAAUGGGAAAGGCUUGCAAGAAGGUUAUCUGAAAUGGAAGCAAGAAGAAGACCGAGGAGAGCGACACCAGCAACGCUAUCACUGUUAAAGUUUAGAAAAAUAGAUGAUGAUGAAUGGAAAAGCAUGACUCCCAAGAUCGAGCCAGCUGCAGAAGUUAAAGGGGUGAUCCAAACCGGCAAAGAGCCUAUAUAUGAAACGGAGCCAACUGCUGUACCAGAAGAAGCGAUUAAGACCAGGGAAGAGGCCAUCUGCACAACAGAAACACCUGCAGAAGCACAAGGGCCUAUUUUAAUAACCGAAGAGGCCAAAGACAUAAUGAAGCUACCUACAAAAGAACAAGGGCCUAUUUUAAUAACCGAAGAGGGCAACCAAACAACCGAGCUACCUGCAGAAACAGAAGUACUUAACGAAAUAACCGAAGAGGGCAACCAAACAACCGAGCUACCUGCAGAAACAGAAGUACUUAACGAAAUAACCGAAGAAGGCAACCAAACAACGGAGCUACCUGCAGAAAUGGAAGGAGUGAUCCCUGAGGACGGCUCAUCAACUCUCGAUGAAAGUAAAUAA